CACCUCUCAACAACGCAUUGCUUAGUAACGAUACUAAUUGUCAGAAUCGAGUCUGAGCAGAUGGUUGCAAGCUACAUUGUUUGUUCACGUUCUCUUAUCACCUGCCUGCUGUCAGGUGAAAACGCAGUCUGUGGAAAUGUUAUUGGAUUAAAGAAAGGAGAGAGAGUUGGCUGACAUGACGGAAUGUGAAGAUCGGGGAUUCCUUGAGGAGGAUCAGGAUGUGGCUUUUCACAGUUGGUUCCCCAGGGCAGGGCAUGUCCAGUGAUCAAACAUUCUGUUCCUGUUAAAUAUAUAUUUUUGGAGUUGACAGCCUGGUUGCCACGUCUUAAAGACUGAAUUACCCUUUUUCUGUUGGUGGAUUUCAUGAACAACCAUUGGGGAUCUUUGCUUGGAACCUGCUGCGGUUCUUUCAGUGGCUCGAUGCAUUCUGUACUCCAGCUUAUGGCCGUUGGAUAUUAUCUGACUCCUCACUUUCUGUUGGAUUUCAUCCACUAAGUGUCUAUACUAACUGCUUGUUGGAUAUUGUUGGAAAAUAUCUCUUGGGAUUUCUUUCUGCUGGAAGUUCGACUGUGCCAGUAAGUGUCCUUUACAGGGUUUAUUCUCUGCUAGAGGAGUCUCCAGAAGGGCAUUUCCUCUGAGGAAAUGGAUGGCCCUAGGUCCAGUGGUCUCCGCAAAAAACGGAAGUCUAAAUCUGAGAGGGAUCGUGGACGGAAGUCAAAUGGGAUAAGGAACAGCAACCACACGAGGGGGGGCUCAGUGGGUCUCUGCUAUUCCUCUGAUUCAGAGAGGGAGGAGGGAGGCAGGAACCCCUCUUCCUCACGUCCGAGACCCCCGAGGAGAAAAAGAAAGGAGUCUACAUCUGCUGAGGAAGACAUCGUAGACGGCUUCUCUAUCUCUGGUUUCAUGACGCUGGAGGCGUUGGAGACGGACCUGUCCCUGAAGCCCCAGGAGCGCAGGAUGAACCAGGAGAACCCAGAGGAGAACCAGGCUGGGCCCCCCCUGUCCAAGAAGAAACCAUGCAGAUUCCCUAACGGAUUCAGCCUGGACCCCCGUAAGGCCCACAACAACCACCACAACAUUCAUAACCAUCACCAGCACUCAGACCAAGAAAACAACAACCCACGUCUGGCUCCUCACACCUACGGCAAGAAGAAGAAGAAGAACAGCCUGCAGAAGAAACCCAGGCCGCUGAAGCCAGGACAGAACAACAGUAAGGACAGCGACAGCGAGAGCGUGAGUGGAGGUUCCAAGCCUUCUGUUGGAAGUAGCUCCAGAGAGAGGCUGAGUGACUGUGAUAGCGAGAGUGACCAGGAAGACAAGGGCUCCGAUGCCAGCUCAGAGAAAUUCUUCAGCACCGCUGCAGUUAAAGUUCCAGAUUUUGGCGUUGAUGCGCUCUCCACCAAUGACAGCCUGGAGCGUGGUGGCCUGGGCCUCUCCAAGGUGUCAGGCCUAGAGCGUAGCCAGGAGAAGAGCCAGGAGAGCUGCAGAGAGGUGCCCGCGCCUCCCCCCAGGCCCAGUGCCCCCAAGCAGCCACUGCCCCCUCAGCCCCACGCGGCCUCCCGUGGCCGGCCCCUGCCUCCGUCCCCUCCCGCCUGCCAGGCCCCGCUGCACCAGCCCCCGCGCUCAGAGGCUCCCCUCAGGCCUCAGAUUCCUGCAGCCCUGCCUCUCGCUCAGGGCCAAGAGCCUCCCCAGGCCCCCCCGCCCCGGCCCCAGAACCAGCCUGAGCCCCUGUCACACCCCAGGCCUCCGCCCACCCCCAGCCUGCAGCCACACCCGCCGUCUCCUGCCCUCCCGGCCCACCACCCCAGCCAGAGCCCGGCCGGGCCUCACCGCCCCCCCUCGCGCUGCGGGCCCCACCCUCGGCCUCUGUCUGCGUACAGCAGCAGCCUUAGCCUCAACGGCCUCAGCAGCAGUCGGAGCAGUACUCCUGGUGGUACCAAGCCCCAGGGCCCUACUGGUCCAUCACCACACCUACCCCACCUCCCACCACCUGGCUCCGCCACAGUAGCAGUACCCACCGCCUUUCCCUUGCCCCUCCCAGCCAAUCAGAUCGCUCCCCACGGCUUCCCCCACGCCCUGCAGUCCUCGCCGCAUCCCCAACACCCCAAUAUGUUUGCGCCUCCAGCUGCCUUGCCCCCACCUCCGCCACUGACGUCUAGCACCCUGCCACUCCCCGGAGGACACCCCGCCACUGGGACGCCCUAUUCAGAGCAAGACCUGCUGCGCCAGGAGCUCAACAACCGUUUCCUCGCCUCGCAGAGUGCCGACCGCGGUGCCUCCCUGGGCCCGCCCCCCUACCUGCGCACCGAGCUCCACCAACACCAGCACCAGCACCAGCACCAGCACCAACACACCCACCAGCACACCCAUCAGCACACCUUCACCCCCUUCUCCCACACCAUCAUGCCAACCCCUGCACCACCCAUGGUGCGUACCCCAGCCAGAAAUUUUGAAAAAUUCCCGACAAAAGUUGACCCCUUCUACAGACACAGCCUGUUCCACUCCUACCCUCCAGGCGUGUCCGGCAUUCCUCCGGUGAUCCCUCCGACCGGGCCCUUUGGCUCGCUGCAGGGGGCCUUCCAGCCCAAGACUUCCAACCCCCUGGAUGUGGCCUCCAGGCCUGGUGGUGUCCCACACACACUCCUACAGAAGGACCCCAGGCUAAGCGAUCCGUUUCGGCCCAUUCUCAGGAAACCGGGGAAGUGGUGUGCCAUGCAUGUCCAUAUCGCCUGGCAGAUCUACCACCACCAACAGAAGGUCAAGCAGCAGAUGCAGGUCGACCCACACAAACUGGACUUUGGACUCAAGCCGGAGUUCCUGAGCCGCCCCCCUGGCCCAAGCCUGUUCGGGGCGAUGCACCACCCCCAUGACCUGGCACGUCCCGCCACGCUCUUCUCAGCAGCAGGUUCCACACACCCGGCAGCGGGACCAUUCGGCCACCCGCCCCACCACCCUGGCAACUUCCUCACCCCCGCACCUCACUUAGAGCCGUUCAGUAGGCCUCCCUCGUUUGGAGGCCUGGCCUCUCUCAGCACAGCUGCCUUCGGGGGCCUUGGAAACCCAGCACUAAAAUCUCUGACAGCGCCCAACUCCGUGUUCGGCCAUAAAGACAACCCGAGCGCACAGCCGCACUUCGGCAACAACCACGAGCCUUGGAACCGCCUGCACCGCACCCCGCCCUCCUUCCCCACCCCCCCGCCCUGGCUGAAGCCUGCCGAGUCGGAGAGGAGCACGUCGGUCAGCUCCCACGAGAGAGACCGGGACUCCGACAAGAGGGAGCCAUCGUCGAUAAGCCGUGAGGACAAGGACAGGGAAGCCAUGGAGAAGCGCCACCCGAGCCAUCCGUCCCCGGUCCCCGUCAACCCCAUCAGCCUGCUGGGUCACAGCCGUCCCCCAGAACCUCCCAGGAAUCACCUGCCGCCCAGUGAACCCUGCCGGGACAAGGACAAGCCCAAAGACCCGGACCGACAGCAGCCGGACAUCUGGAAGGACAGCGGCUCUGACGAACACAAGCUGAAAGAAAGUCACCACAGCGAGAAGGACACGGUGCCAGUGAUCCAUGACGGACGGGUGUCUGAGGACAAGGCCAACGGCAGGGGCACCACAUCGCCCUACAUCCGCCAGACCAGCCUGGAGAGACCCGGCGGGGGCCGGGGGGAGGCCCUCCUGGAGAAGAAGGGGGAGCUGCCCUUGCCAUACGACCACCACAAGAAGAACAACAGUGAGGUCAAGGUGAAGGAGGAGAGGAAGGAGGAGCAGGAGAGCCCUCCAGACAGGGACAGACCUCCCUCUCACCCUCAGCUCCACCCCCACCCCCCGUCCUCCAUGGCCGUGCCCAUGGGCAUGACGGGGAUCCACCCCAUGAACAGCAUCAGCGGCCUGGAGAGGACUCGAAUGGUUGCCCCCUUCAUGGGCAUCAGCCCCAUCCCCGGGGCCGAGAGGUUCCCCUACCCCGCCUUCCACUGGGACCCCAUGAGGGACCCGUACCGGGGCCUGGACAUCCACAGACGGGACCCUCUGGCCAGGGACCUGCUGAUGAGGAACGACCCACUGCACCGGCUGGCCGGGCAGCGCCUCUACGAGGCUGAGCGCUCCUACAGGGAACGGGAGCCCCAUGACUUUAACCGGGACCACCACCACCCACUGGCCUUGGAGCAGCGCCGGGAGCAGGAGGCACGGGCCCACCUGGAGGAACGCGAGCGUCUGCACAUGCUCAGAGAGGACUACGAGCACGGCCGCCUGCACGCAGCCCUGCACCACCAGGUCCUGGACGGCCACCUGCCUCACCCCCACCCUGGCCUCAUGGCGCCCGGGUUACCCAGCAUGCACUACCCCAGGGUGAGCCCCUCGGCCGCCGCCGCAGCGCACGCCGCCCACGCCGCCGCUGCUGCCGCCCAUCAGAACGGUAUCCUGAACAAAACCCCGCCCACAGCCUCCCUGAGCGCCCCGCCCCCCCUCAUCUCCACGUUAGGUGGUAGACCUGGCUCCCCCAGACGGACUACAGCCUUGGGCACAGACAUUAGAGACAGACCGUCAGUUCACAAUCACAAAGACAUAGAGGCACGGUGAGCGGAGCGGGGCGCAGAGCUACUCCCCCCUGGGUCGGAGGCAGACCCCCCCCGCCCUGUGCCCUGUUCCUAACACUGACCUACACCAAGCACUUAGCUUUGGGAACACCGGGCUGUACCAUAGCUGUGAAGAAUGUGGCUGAAAAACUCCCACACGUGAUGUUUUUGUAUAUAAAACUAAAUAAAUCGGAAAUAGGGGGAGGGGACAAAACGAUAGAACAAAAACUGAGAUUUUACUAAGCUCUUUUCCAGUUUGCUCCGGCUAUUUGGGUGUACUAUUUGUGUUGUAUAGAAACCUGGCCUGGAGUAUCCUGAAGGCAUUGACCUGGUAAAGACCUUCUGGAAUGUACAGGUACAUCAAUGCAUUGACAGACAGUGUAAUGUAUAGUGUAUGUGAAUAGUGGACAUGCUCACUCCUUAAAGAACACAUCACGGUACAAAUAUGCAAACGGGUGUUUUGAAGGCUUUACUUAAAACACAUGUAAAUAGAGGACUAUUAUGAAUGAGGAGGAAGUGCAGAACGGGCGUUUUUGCAAAUUGAUUUUUGCUUUAUGCCGCUGAAAGAGAAUUCCAUUGUACCAUAGACCACCAUACCCCACAUUCAACUAUGCAACAAAUAUCUUGGCUUCCACUCUGAAAGCCAGCCUGGCCAUCGCCUCACCUGACUCUGACAACACUGUAUUCUCUCCAACCUACAUCUCACAAACCAUCAUAAUCAUAAUAAUGUAAUGGAGUCCACAGCGCAAAUAGAAAAGCACUUUCAAAGGUUAUCCAAAAGUAAAUUUGAUUUCUUUAAUGUGAUCCAAAUUUGUGACAAUCCUUACAAUUUCUUUAGUAGAGCGAUUCGUGGCUGGAGAUCCAGUGCCGGUCAGCUCGUCCCGUAUAGCCCCACCUCCACAUCACACUGUUGCCGCCUGAUGUUCAACAAGGCUAAAAGUCAGACAGUUGCCUAUCAGUUCCCACAACAACUUAACCCACAACAUCCCACCAAGUGUUGUUUCGGGGAGAACGCAGCACGUUUACAACAAGACACAUUAACCCUACCGAAGGAGUGUAAAGUAAGUGUUUGGAAAUAAGUUAUGUUGGUCUAGCAGUGUAUUAAAGUGCUAUUCUAAGUUGUUGUAACUACAAAAAUAAAAAAAAAGACAAAAAACCCAGUAUAAACUAUGGACAGUUUGUUUCUAAUGAGCAGAGAUCUAUUUUAGUAGUCCACUGAAGGGUUAGUCGUGCGCUUCAAGACUCUGUGAGAGCCAGAUGUUGUGUUUUUUAAGGCCACAUUCAAAAAGUCCACUCCUGUAGGGGUUAGUCGAUGCGUAUCGCAAGGAGAUUGUUAACAAGGAAAACGUUUGGUUUUUUUUGCUGUUUAUCAUGUACGUAAAAUAAUGAAGUCUUUCUAGAAUCAUGUACAAAAAACGAGGAAAAAAAACGAAACGAUGCGACUGAAUCUUCAGCAUGCUCCUCAUUUAAACUUGUGUUAUGUAAAUUGUGCCAUGUUAUUA